AUCUCGCGACUAUGCGAGACGUUUAGAAAUUAAUGACUUCAGAGAAACAAGCGGUUGGUUAUCUAAGUUUAAGAAACGUUAUGGACUGAGACAAAUGGUAAAGCAUGGGGAAGCUGGUAGUGUGCCGUGUGAGAAUUAUUGGGAGACUGAGAGAGAAAAACUUCGUAAGGAAUUCGACGA